UUAGACUUCUCACUCCGCUUUUAGGCGCGCCCAUUUCAGACUGCUAAACUCCAGAGUCAGGGGAAAAAAAAGCGGGGAGGAGGUGGAAAGCCACACCCCGCGGCGCCCGCGAAUUUCCCCAAGAGCUGACGGUGGCCCAGGCAGACGCGGCCGAGAUGCGGGGCUGGGAGCUCCUGACCGCCGCCCACCUCGUGUGCGUGUGGACCGCCGUGCUGGCCGCGGCCCCCCGGCCUAGGUUUCUGGUGACAGCCCCAGGGAUCGUCAGGCCUGGAGGAAAUGUGACUAUUGGGGUAGAGCUUCUAGAACACAGCCCUUCCCAGGUCACUGUGAAGGCCGAGUUGGUCAAGAUGGCAGCCAACCUCACUGUCUCUGUCCUGGAAGCAGAAGGAGUCUUUGAAAAAGGUUCUUUCAAGACACUUAUUCUUCCAUCAGACCCCAAGUCAAAUUUGAUCCAACAGUGGUUGUCAGAACAAAGUGAUCUUGGUGUUGUUUCCAAAACUUUUCAAUUGUCAUCCCAUCCAAUACUUGGUGACUGGUCCAUUCAAGUUCAAGUGAAUGACCAGACAUAUUAUCAAUCAUUUCAGGUUUCAGAAUAUGUAUUGCCCAAAUUUGAAGUUACUUUGCAGACACCAUUAUAUUGUUCUUUGAAUUCUAGGAGCUUAAAUGGUACUGUCAUAGCAAAGUAUACAUAUGGGAAGCCAGUGAAAGGAGAUGUAACACUUACAUUUUUACCUUUAUCCUUUUGGGGCAUGAAGAAAAAUAUUACAAAAAAUUUUAAGAUAAAUGGAUCUGCAAACUUCUCUUUUAAUGAUGAAGAGAUGAAAAAAGUAAUGGAUUUUUCAGAAGGGCUUUCUGAACACAUGUAUCUGUCUUCCCCUGGGCCGGUAGAAAUUUUAGCCACAGUGACAGAAUCACUUACAGGUAUCUCAAGAAAUGCAAGCUCUAAUGUAUUUUUCAAGCAACAUGAUUACAUCAUUGAAUUUUUUGAUUAUGCUACUGUCUUGAAACCAUCUCUCAACUUCACAGCCACUGUAAAGGUAACCCGUGCUGAUGGCAAUCGACUGACUUUUGAAGAAAGAAGAAAUAAUGUAGUUAUAACAGUGACACAGAAAAAUUCUUCUGAGUACUGGAGCAGAUGGGACAGUAGAAACCAGGAAACAGAAGCUGUCCAGAUCAUAAAUUAUACCCUCCCCCAAAAUGGUAUCUUUAAGAUUGAAUUCCCAAUCCUGGAUGAUUCCAGUGAGCUACAGUUGAAGGCCUCUUUUCUUAAUAGUGUGAGUAGCAUGGCAGUUCAUGGUAUGUUUAAGUCUCCCAGUAAGACAUACAUCCAGCUAAAGACAAGAGAUGAAAAUAUAAAGGUGGGAUCACCUUUUGAGUUGGUGGUUAGUGGCAACAAGCGAUUGAAGGAGUUAAGCUAUAUGGUAGUAUCCAGGGGACAGUUGGUGGCUGUAGGCAAGCAAAAUUCAACAACCUUCUCUUUAACACCAGAAAAUUCUUGGGCUCCAAAAGCCUGUAUUAUUGUGUAUUAUAUUGAAGAUGAUGGGGAAAUAAUAAAUGAUGUUCUCAAAAUUCCUGUUCAGCUUGUUUUUAAAAAUAAGAUAAAGCUGUUUUGGAGUAAAGCUCAUGCUGAACCAUCUGAGAAAGUCUCUCUUAGGAUCUCUGUGACACAGCCAGACUCGACAGUUGGGAUUGUAGCCGUUGACAAAAGCGUGAAUCUGAUGAAUGUCUCAAAUGAUAUUACAAUGGAAAAUGUGGUCCAUGAGUUGGAACUUUAUAACACAGGAUAUUAUUUAGGCAUGUUCAUGAAUUCUUUUGCAGUUUUUCAGGAAUGUGGCCUCUGGGUAUUGACAGAUGCAAACCUUUUGAAGGAUUACAUUGAUGGUGUUUGUAAUUCUAGGAUUUACCAAGAAUUUGAAGUUACUGUGCCUGAUUCUAUCACUUCUUGGGUAGCCACUGCUUUCGUGAUCUCUGAAGACUUAGGUCUUGGACUAACAAGUACUCCAAUGGAGCUACAAGCCUUCCAACCAUUUUUCAUUUUUUUGAAUCUUCCCUACUCUGUUAUCAGAGGUGAAGAAUUUGCUUUGGAAGUAACCAUAUUCAAUUAUUUGAAAGAUGCCACUGAGGUUAAAGUAAUCAUUGAGAAAAGUGACAAAUUUGAUAUUCUAAUGGCUUCAAAUGAAAUAAAUGCCACAGGACACCAGCAGACCAUUCUGGUCCCCAGUGAGGAUGGGGCAACUGUUCUUUUCCCGGUCAAGCCCACACAUCUGGGGGAAAUUCCUAUCCCAGUCACAGCCAUUUCACCUGCUGCUUCUGAUGCUGUCACCCAGAGGAUUUUAGUAAAGGCUGAAGGAAUAGAAAAAUCGUAUUCACAAUCCAUCUUGCUAGACUUGACUGACAACAAGUUACAAACUCCCCUGAAAACUUUGAGUUUCUCAUUUCCUCCCAACACAGUGAGUGGUAGUGAACGAGUUCAGAUCACUGCAAUUGGAGAUAUCCUCGGUUCUUCCAUCAAUGGCUUAGCCUCAUUGAUUCGGAUGCCUUAUGGCUGUGGUGAACAGAACAUGAUAAAUUUUGCUCCCAAUAUUUAUGUUUUGGAUUACCUGACUAAAAAGAGACAACUGACAGAAAACUUAAAAGAAAAAGCCCUUUCAUUUAUGAGGCAAGGUUAUCAGAGAGAACUUCUCUAUCAGAGGGAAGAUGGCUCUUUCAGUGCUUUUGGGAAUGAUGACCCUUCUGGGAGCACUUGGCUGUCAGCUUUUGUUCUAAGAUGUUUCCUUGAAGCUGAUCCUUACAUAGAUAUUGAUCAGAAUGUGUUACACAGAACAUAUACGUGGCUCAAAGGACGUCAGAAAUCCAAUGGUGAAUUUUGGGAGCCAGGAAGAGUGAUCCAUAGUGAGCUUCAAGGUGGCAAUAAAAGUCCAGUAACGCUUACAGCUUAUAUUGUGACUUCUCUCCUGAGAUAUAAAAAGUAUCAGCCUAAUAUAGAUGUGCAAGAGUCUAUCAACUUUUUGGAGUCUGAAUUUAAUAGAGGAAUUUCAGACAAUUAUACUCUAGCUCUUAUAACUUAUGCACUGUCAUCCGUGGGGAGCCCUAAAGCCAAGGAAGCUUUGAAUAUGCUGACUUGGAGAGCAGAACAAGAAGGAGGCAUGCAAUUCUGGGUGUCAUCAGAGUCUAAACUUUCUGAAUCCUGGCAGCCACGUUCCCUGGAUAUUGAAGUUGCGGCCUAUGCGCUGCUCUCACACUUCCUGCAAUAUCAGGUGUCUGAGGGAAUCCCGAUUAUGAGGUGGCUCAGCAGGCAAAGAAAUAGCUUGGGAGGUUUUGCGUCUACCCAGGACACCAUUGUAGCCUUGAAGGCCCUAUCUGAAUUUGCAGCUCUAAUGAACACAGACAGGACAAACAUCCAAGUGACUGUGAUGGGGCCCAGUUCACCAAGUCCUGUAAAGUUUCGGAUUGACACACAGAAUCGCUUUCUCCUCCAGACGGCAGAGCUUGCUGUGGUACAGCCAACUGCAGUUAAUAUUUCCGCAAGUGGUUUUGGAUUUGCUAUUUGUCAGUUUAAUGUGAUUUAUAAUGUGAAAGAUUUGGGUUCCCCAAGAAGACGAAGAUCUAUUCAAGACCAAGAAGCUUUUGAUUUAGACGUUGCUGUAAAAGACAAUAAAGAUGAUACCAAUCACUUGAAUUUGAAUGUGUGCACAAGGUUUUUGGGCCCGGCUAGAAGCGGCAUGGCCCUUAUGGAAGUGAACCUCCUCAGUGGUUUCACCUUGCCUUCCAAUGCAAUUCCUCUGAGCGAGACUGUGAAGAAAGUAGAACAUGAUCAUGGAAAAGUCAACUUAUAUUUAGAUUCUGUAAACGAAACCCAGAUUUGUGUGGAUAUUCCUGCUGUGAGAAACUUUAAAGUUUCCAAUACACAAGAUGCUUUGGUGUCCAUCAUGGAUUACUAUGAACCAAGGAGACAAGCGGUGAGGAGUUACAACUCGGAAGUGAAGCUGUCCUCUUGCGACCUCUGUGGGGACGUCCGCGGAUGUGGGCCUUGCGAGAGAGGAGCUACAGCUUCCCUUUACCCCGCUCCAGUCACUGUGGGGCUCGGUGUCACGCUGCUGUUCCCUUUGCAGGGUUGGCUGUGAUUCCUUUUUUCAGGACUCCAUGUAACAUCGACAUUUCCAGAAGUCACACGUCUUGUUUUCAUGCUCAAGUAUCACUUCUAUUUUUGAAAAAUGAUUUUUUUUCUUUUUAUGGGGUUGUGCGGGAUGGUGCACAAACAGGUCCUAGGACGUACAGGUGCACAGAUGUCUUCACCUGACUUCUGUGUAGAACAGAAAAUCAGAGUUCUGCAGUCGUGCGUCUUUAUUCUCCCCCUUAAAAAUCGUUCAGGAGUGUUUCAUGAAGGUGUUGUUUUCCCCAGAAUAAAUGUGUUAUUUUAGAUUAUUCUUUUUAUUUUCUAGAAGAAAUGAACCUAGGUUCUUAAGCAUUACUAUACACCAGGGUUGGCUUUAGCAUUAAAGACAGAUGUUUGGGAACUGGGAGAAAGCAACCAGAAGGAGGAGCUUGCUCUGUUCCCUUCCCCCAUCCACCCACCCCUGCCCUCUGCCCCGCCUCACCCCCAGUGGUCUCAGUAUAUCCUUCUUAAUUGGAUAGCACUUCUUCCUUUUUAGUCGGGGUGAUUUUUUUUUUUUUAAAGUGAAGUGGUGUUUUUUUUUUCACUCCAAUUAUAAUCUCAUCCCCCAACCUUUACCCUUCCUGUUUUUCUUCUGGAGAGAAGGAGAGAGGGAAUGUGUCAUUCAGAGCUUGAGGAGUGUACAGAAAACUGCCCUAAGGAGGAGUCCUGGGUGCACUGCCCUCCCUCUCACUUCCUCAGCCCCGCACAUUGGCUCUGGUUCAGGGAUGCGAGUCAGAGGGCAUGGCAGUAUGUGCCUUGGGUGAUUUAGACUAGAAGAUCCUAGGCCAGAAGAUGCAGCUUUGUUGGUAACGGGGGACGAUUAACCAGGGCACAACAAGAUCCUGUCGAAGACAGGACGUGGCAGGCAGACCUCCCUGUGGUCUGGCAAAGAAGCUGGGGCUUGACAGGGACCGAGAGAGGUAAACAUGACUGCUGACCUCAAGUAUGGUAGGGGGUUGCCCGGGGUCCUGUAGAAGCUUUCCUAGACUCAGGUGUCUGAGUGCAAAGAGCCAGCUGUCUGGUGACAUCUAAUGCUUGUGUGAAUCUUUAAGAUAUCUGAACUUUGAGCACCUGGAUAAAUGGUUACCCUGUAUUCUGAAGGGUAAUAUUCAUUUAUCUGGGUGAAAUUUUUAAGAAAAUUUAAAAAAAAAAUUCCUUUCCUUCCACCUCCCUCCUUUUCCUCCUUUCUC